AUGUCUGCAUUAUUAAAAGAAACUUUUGCUAAGUGUAAAAAAGAAGGACGUAAUGCCCUUAUAAACUUUAUAACAGCUGGUUUUCCAACCGUGGAAGAUACUAUCCCAAUUUUAAAAAACAUGCAAGAAGCAGGAGUUGAUAUUAUUGAAAUUGGUAUUCCAUUUUCUGAUCCAAUUGCUGAUGGUCCAACUAUUCAAACUGCAAAUAUAAAAGCUUUAGAAAAUGGUAUAACUGUACCAAAAGUUUUGGAUUUAGUUAAAAAAGCAAGAUCUGAAGGUGUUACUAUUCCUUUGAUAUUAAUGGGUUAUUAUAAUCCAAUUUUAAAAUAUGGUGAACAAAAAUUUUUACAAGAUUGUGAAGAAUCUGGAGUAAAUGGAUUUAUAAUUGUUGAUUUACCACCUGAAGAAGCUGUUAAAUUUAGAUCAGCUUGUUCAAAACAUGGUUUAAGUUAUGUUCCUUUGGUUGCACCAGCUACUACUGAUGAAAGAUUAAAAGUGUUGGGGUCCAUUGCAGACUCAUUUGUAUAUGUUGUUUCCAAGAUGGGUACUACUGGUGCUUCUAAUAAAGUUUCUGCAGGUAUUGAAGAGUUAUGUGCUAGAGUUAGAAAAUUUAUUGGGUCCGAUACUCCGAUUGCAGUCGGUUUUGGUGUUUCAACAAGAGAUCAUUUUUUAGCUGUUGGUAAAGUUGCUGAUGGUGUUGUUAUUGGAUCUAAAAUUAUAACAAUAAUUGGAGAAUCAGAACCUGGUCAAAGAGGUAAAGUAACUUACGAUUAUGUCAAAUCUAUCUUGGGUGAAGAUUAUAAAUCAAAUGCUCCGAAAUCUUAUGAAAGAAUUAAACAAGAAAUUGAAGAAGCUAAAUUUAAAGCUAUUUUCGAAGAAAAUCAUAAAUAUAAUCCAAGAUUUGGAGAUUUUGGAGGUCAAUAUGUUCCAGAAGCUUUACAUACAUGUUUAGCAGAAUUGGAAAAGGCAUUUGAAGAUGCAACUAGUGAUCCUGAAUUUUGGAAAGAAUUUAGAUCUUUGUAUUCAUAUAUUGGUAGACCUUCAUCAUUACAUAAAGCCGAAAGAUUAACUGAACAUGCAGGUGGUGCAACAAUUUGGUUGAAAAGAGAAGAUUUAAAUCAUACUGGAUCUCACAAGAUAAAUAAUGCAUUGGCUCAAGUUUUAAUAGCUAGAAGAUUAGGUAAGAAAAAAAUUAUUGCAGAAACUGGAGCUGGUCAACAUGGUGUUGCUACUGCUACUGCGUGUGCUAAAUUUGGAUUAGAAUGUACUGUUUUCAUGGGUGCUGAAGAUACCAGACGUCAAGCAUUAAAUGUAUUCAGAAUGAAAUUGUUAGGAGCUACUGUUAUACCUGUCAAAAAUGGUACACAAACUUUAAGAGAUGCUACAUCAGAAGCUUUUAGGUAUUGGGUUUCAAACUUGGAGAGUACUCAUUAUAUUGUAGGUUCAUCAAUUGGGCCACAUCCUUACCCAACUUUAGUCAGAACUUUCCAAAGUGUUAUUGGACAGGAAACAAAAGAACAGUUCAAACAAUUAAAUGAUGGCAAAUUACCAAACGCAGUUGUAGCUUGUGUUGGUGGUGGAUCAAAUUCAACCGGUUUGUUUUCACCAUUUGAAAAAGAUUUAGACGUCAAGAUGUUAGGAGUGGAAGCUGGUGGUGAUGGUAUAGAUACAGAUCGUCAUUCUGCUACUUUAACCGUGGGUAUACCUGGUGUAUUUCAUGGUGUAAGAACUUAUGUAUUACAAGAUAGUGAUGGACAAGUUCAUGAUACACAUUCUGUCUCAGCUGGUUUAGAUUAUCCAGGUGUUGGACCAGAACUAGCAUACUGGAAAUCAACAGGAAGAGCUGAAUUUAUAGCAGCUACUGAUGCACAAGCUCUUUUAGGUUUCAAAUUAUUAUCACAAUUGGAAGGUAUUAUACCAGCUUUAGAAAGUUCUCAUGCGAUUUAUGGUGGUGUUGAAUUAGCCAAAACUUUACCUAAAGAUCAACACAUUGUUAUUAAUGUAUCGGGAAGAGGUGAUAAAGAUGUUCAAUCAGUAGCUGAAAUCUUACCUAAAUUAGGUGAAGAAAUUGGUUGGGAUUUAAGAUUUGAAGAAGAUCCUUCUAAGAAAAAUAUUUUAUAG